UGUCGGCACUCAUCUCGCUGCGCGCUCGACAUGCUGGCGCUGUGCUCGACUGCGGUCGCCCUGUUGAUUCCAAGCGUGCCGCUGUGGUCGCCGCCAGGCUCUGCCAUCGCCACGCCUGGCUCCAGCAUCGGCAGGGUGAGCGUCCAGGCAGCAGACUCGAGCAUCUUUCCCAGCACGAUGAUCGCAGAGUCGGCCGCCAAGGCCAAGAUCGAGGCGGCGAAGGCGGCCACCGCCGCAAAGCUGGCCGAGAGCGGCACAAAGUCGCCCGAGCUCGCCGCCAAGGAGGUCAAGAUUGACGUGCCGAUGGGCGGAUCGAAGGACAAGGACUUCGACGCCGAGGCAAUGAAGAUCCGCGAGCAGUGGAUGGCGAUUCGCGACAAUGCGCCGGGAGGGACGCUGAGCAAGUCAAAGAGCGCCCAGGUCGCCCAGCUCAAGAUCAUGGAGCAGCAGGCGCGCGGCAAGGCACAGGCAGCCAAGGCGAGGGCGGCGGAGCAGGCCGCCGCCGCGGCAGACCGCUCUGGCCCGCUGGGGGAUUUCAAGCUCCCGUUCUCGUGAGGGGGCUGCAGCGCGGGGGAGAUGAACGGGAGGUCGUCGGCAGCGGCAGCACUCUCGCCUGACGGAUGCUACUUCGUUCACACGCGUGUAUCUAGCGAAUGUCGACCGGGCCCCGCGGCUAUACACAUCGCCCCCGGGCAUCGGCAUGUGACACGCGGUAUAGAUCGGUUCGGUGUCGGUUGUUCCUUCUUACUAGAAACUACGGCGCGGCCGCGCUUGU